UGGACCCCGAGCUGUCGGCGCACAGCGGAUACUUGGAGAAGCUGACCGAGGCGCUGCUCACCUCCAUCAAGGCCAUGGUAGACGAGGCGUCACAGGUCGAGACGCCCGACUGGGACGAGCUGCCCCCAACCUUCCGAAAGGUUGUACAGGAGGUGGUUCGCGAGUCGCAGACGCACUUGUGCAACAGCCGACAGCUCUUGCGAUGUCUGGGCGUGUCGCAGUCUUUAGACAGCGACUAUGGCCCGCUACUCCAGAUCCAGCAACUGAUGCUGGCCGACGAGGAGCGGGUGCGCCACACACCCAUCAUCGUGUGCGGACGGGAAGGGGGCGGAAAGUCCACGCUGCUAUCUCAGGUGCUCAUGUACUGCCCCGAAUGGCUGGGCAGCGAUGUGGUGCGCAUCGUGCGCGGUGUGGGCCAGAGCCCGUGCUGCGCGUACCCGGCCGAGAUGCUGCGCAACCUGUGCCUGCACAUAAGCAUGGUUUUCGGCUUCGAGAUCAGCCCCAAGCACCAGAGCUUUGAGCUGAGCAAGCUAAGCACCUGGUUCCAGGAGCUGCUCAAGCGUGUCGAGGCCAGCACCAGUGACCUGGUGAUCGUGCUGGACGACCUGGACAGGCUGCGAGGUCCGGCGCAUCACCAGGCUGCCACACUGGGAUGGCUGCCCUGGAACCUGCCUCUGAACGUGCACCUUGUCUGCUCGGUUGCACAGGAGGCGGAAGCUGUGCUCGCUCUGCUGCGCAGCCGCAUCCCGGCUGGGGACAGCUACGUGUUCAUUCCGCCCCUCGCCGACGCGGCCAGCAUGCUGCAGUCGCACCUGAAGGACAACAAGCGGCUGCUGACGCGGCAGCAGUGGGACGUGUUGCGGCAGAGGCUGGCGGGCCAGACGGCAAGUCCCCUGUACGUGACACUUCUGUCGCAGCAGGCCAUGCGGUGGGCCUCGUACGAGGCGCUAGACGGCGAGCUCCAUGUGCCAGCCGAUACAGAGGCCUUUGUGAGCCGCAGUCUAGAGCGUAUCGAGCGUCAGUUUGGCCUGGCGCCUGUCAAGAAGAUCGCCUCGUACCUCACAUGCACCAGCUACGGGCUGCGUGAGCCGGAGGUCAUCGAGUUGCUCUCGUCCACGGAGUGCGACGGAACUGAACUGGCGCCCGUUAGCUGGCUUUCCUUCAAGAAGGAGCUCGGGGUGCUACUGAAGGAAUCGUACGUAGACUGCCGGUCAUACCUGCAGUGGAGUCACCGCUGCAUAGGCACUUACGUACGACAACGCUACCUGUCCGACCGCACUGAGGCAAUUGCUUGCCAUGCUGAACUGGCUAACGCUUUUCACCUGGGCUUCCUGAUGCAGAAGGAGGAAAAGGGACCCGCUUUUGAUGACACAAGCAAAUCGAAAAGGAAAGAAGAUUGGUCCGAUCUUCUCCGUGAAGUAGACGAGCUUUGGCAGCAUCUUUUUCAUAGUGGUGAUUCUAAACGACUGAAUCAAGACGCAGUGUGUAAUUUUGAAUUCCUACUUUCGGCUAUUAGAGGAGCUUCCAUCAGCUACGUGAAGAGUGUCUUGGAAAUUGUUCGCGCACAACUCCUGGACUGGGAAAUCGAGCUUCUGUACAAUAUGACCAAGCAGUCCGUCGACGUCUUGAGCCAAGACCCGCAGCAGCUAGCAACUGAAAUCCUAAACUGGCUGCGAAUAUACGCUGAUGGCAACUCGAAGGUGCUGGGAGACUUGGUGAGCCAAGCGAGCAGCUGGUGCAGCCAAGCGAAGACGCCGCUGCUGGUGCCGGUGACAUCAUGGCUAAGCCUAGCGCUGCCGCCGCAGGUGCUCUCGCUCACACUGCAAGCGCCCAUCCGUCAGCUGGUGGCCGCACCCGACUCGCAGCACGCAUUCUGCACCACCGAAGCCGACGACAAGGUGGUUGCCGUCUACCACCUCACCUCCAAGAAGCUCGUGAGGCACAUGGCCGGCCACAAGGCCGCCAUCACUUGCCUGCACAUGGCCCCAUCGGGCCUGCACCUGCUAAGUGGCUCCGAGGACACAGACGUGCUCGUUUGGGAUCCGGUGACGGGCGAGCUUAGGAGAAGGCUAAGUCACCACGUGGCCGGUGUGUUGUGCGUUACGUGUACGAACGCCGAGGACCUGGUGCUGAGUGGCUCCGAGAUCGGCGUAGUGGUGUUGGCGCGCUUGGACACCGGGCAGCUGGUCCAGCGCCUCGAGAACCACCGCGGUGUCGUCAGCGCCGUGGCUGUCAACCGCGGCGACGACAUUUUCGCCACCGCAUCUUCGGACUGCACGGUGUGCAUCUGGUGUCUGGAGACAUUCACGCUGCUCAACACGCUUUCGCUGCCGGCGGCCGUCGAGCGGCUCAGCAUCUCGGGCGACAGCACGUUCCUGCUGCUCGGCUGCGCCGAUCAGUGCGUGCGCGUGCGCUCGCUCACCACGGGCUCGGACGUGCACUGCCUGCAAGGGUACGCGGGCCGAGUCAGCGCGAUCGGCUUCGCGCGCGACAACUGCCGCUGCGUGUUGGGUACGCGCGACGGCAAGGCCUUCGUCUUCGACAUCCACUCGGCGCGCCUGGUGCAGACGCUUGCCGCGCACCCGGACGCCCCCGUGGUCGCCAUUCAGGCUCAAAGUAGGGACACAUUUUUAAUCACGGCGGCUGGCAACAAGAUCGUAGUGUGGAACUUCUACCUGAAGAAGAGCGAGAUGUGCCACCCUCAGCCAAAGUCCAAGAAGGUGGACGUCCACAAGGACCCCGUGUCUUGCGUAGCUCUCUCCAGGGACGGCAGCGUAGCUGUCACGGGGUCGCGCAACGGCCAGCUCAAGGUGUGGCAGAUGAGCACUGGCGAAGCGCACACGAACCUGACUGGCCACACAGCCGCCAUCACCUGCCUGGCGUUCGCGCCCAAUGGCCUGUUCGUUGUCUCCGGAUCCGAGGACAACACACUCCGUGUCUGGGGCCUCACGCUUGGUCUGGUUGUCUCCACGUUCAAGGAGCACCAGAGCAAGAUCGUGAGCGUGUUCGUGACGUCGGACAGCCGUCGCGUGCUGUCAGUGGACGCGCAGGGAAUGCACCGGCUCUGGACGGCCGACAGCGCCACACAGCUCGUCGCCUGCGUCAAGACGGCCAACCAGGUGACGCUGCACGCAAAUGUGGUCUUCACCGUCGGCGGAAAGAGCGAUAACAGCUUGAAAUAUUGGCCGGUGUUUGAGACGGAUAGCGAAAAGACUGUGAGCCACAGCGAAGCCAUAUUGUGCUACACCGUCACGUACGACUGCCAAACCAUUGUUACCGGAUCGCAAGACAUGUCGCUCAAGGUGUGGGAAGUCGCAACAGCAAAACUAACUCAGGUGCUGGUGGGCCACGAGGGACCGGUGAUGUGCGUGGCGGUGGCGCCGUUCCGCUGCUCGCUGGCCGUGUCCGGCUCGCAGGACUGCAACCUGAUCGUGUGGGACGUGACGACCGGCAGCGAUCGGUUCGUGCUGCGCGGCCACACCGAGGCCAUACGGGCGGCCAAGCUGACGCUCGACGGCUCGGUGGCCGUGUCCAGCUCGGAUGACAACACGCUGCAGCUGUGGAAUACGCAGAACGGCCACCGCAUGGCCAGCUUCGACCUGCACGCCACUGUGCUCGCCGUGACCACGUCUCUGAACACGGGCCACCUGGUCGUGCAGCUGGCCAGCUCGACGCUGGUGCCCAUGCUGCGACUGCUCAACAACCCGGGCAAGGGGCUCAUGCUUGACCUGCCGCCCGGCACGCCCGUCGGCGACGAGCCCAAGACUCUUGGAGGGCACCCCCUGCGCGGCGUGGUCCCCAAGCGGGUCCUGCUGCGGGGCAACCUGAAGCGGGAGCAGUCGUUCGACUCCUUCUACUGGGACCUGCGUGCCCAGUCACCCAAGCACGAAACGGCCGCGGCCACCGACGACUUCCGCGCCAGCAAACCGCUGUCGCCGUUCGGCUCCCGCGAGCACCUACAGCUGACCGGUGGUGCGGGAGGCGGCGCAGCUGUCUGGAAUGGUGGCCUGGGUCGGGGACCCCGCGCCGCCGCGCCUGGUGCUCAUGCCGGUGAUCUGGGCCUGCAGCCGAAGCCCAAGCUGCCCAAGCACAAGAUCCUUAAGAAGCAGCAGAGCAUGUUCGCCUGCUUUCCCGAGUUCACGCAGCAGACGCCGCCCACGCUGCUGUCGCCCGUGGCGCCCAAGGAACUGGUCGAGAAGAAGGAGCUCUCCAAGCCGGGGCGCACAGCCGGCGUCCUUCUCCCUCGCACAAACAGCGUCGAGGAGGCACCCGAGCCGGCUGCGCGAGACCCCGGCCCCGAGAACACGGUCACCGGAUCGGCCAUCUGCGCCCUCAUGUGAACACCCUGUCCACGCGCCUACUUCCUCCUCGACAAGCAGCCGCAUGCCGAGCCUGGCCGAAUGGCUGCCACCCUCCCAUUCGCCCCUCCACGACGACGGACGCCUUUAUGACAAAGGAAAAACAAUGUGUGCUACGGCAACUAAACGGUGGCAUCGGCCCUGCGGAAACUUACCCAGGGCUCACCAUCGCAUCCCGAAGCUAUCCGCACGGCGGCCCACAUCACAUUUCUAUGUACCACCGCACGCCUGCUGCCACGCCUGAAAUUGAGCAGUCUGUCUAGCCAGCGUGGAGUAUAAGCAAUAUAUAGUGCAUCACUCGGAAACCUCACCGCGUUGCCGACAGGCAGCUGGGCACCCGGGCAGGUCACACGCUCGCAUUUCUGUCACGAGUCGUCACUGCCAAGAGCUGUCGAGGACUGUUGGUGUCGAGAGCCGAAUCUGGGUGCGCAAGUGGCACCACAUUGCGAUACUACCCAGUGAGAACGUAUUUUUUAGUCGAAACAAACAGCGGCGCAAGGGUAAUUCGAGCCAAGCACAUGCAUUGAAUCAGAACAAGUCAGGUUGAUGACAACACAGUGACGAUCAUGGCAUCUCAAAGAGUGACACCAGGGGAGAAGAGAGCACUUUAGUGUAAUGUGUUUUUCGUUUGCGAGAGCAUCUUCCUUCCAGUCGCCAAUGCAUAUUGACUGAUAUAAGAUUUUUUUUUACUUAGCUUGACGUACCAAAACCCGCCUGGUCGUUACUCGUAUCGCGCAAACACAGUGAAAACAAAAAUUCGGAACUAAGUACCACCGUGUGCGCGUGACUCUAUAAGGUACUUCAUGUCGGAUGUCGUUGUUAGGCUGGCGUAUAAAAUCAACUAAUUAGUCACUCUAAGCU